AUGUUGACGAAUUCAAAUACCUUGCUCUUGAUUUUGCUUCCGCUUUUCUCUCAACUGCACUGUUCAUCGGCUGAGAAUCAGUUCCAUUUUUCGGCUUAUAAGAAAAACUGGUUCCAAGCAAACGAGUACUGCCAUCAGAUGGGAAUGCGGCUGGCCAUCAUCGAUUCUCCCUUGAAACACGAGGUAGUUGUUCGGGAAGCCAAAGCCACCCAAACUGAUCCGCAGGCCUACUUCGGAGGCUGGCUCGGAGCAAGUGAUUUGGGUCUAAAGGGUACGUUCAUUUGGCACGGCACCGGUGAGCGGGUUAACUUUGCCAAGUGGAAGAGCGGUGAGCCAAACAAAGACGAUGAACAUUGUGUCGUGCUGCACUACUGGACAGAGGAGGAAUUCUUUUGGACCUGGAACGACGGCCACUGCACAACGGAGUUGACGGCCAUUUGCGAGAGGAUUGAGCUACUUUCCUGCAUUCAGCAGUUCAAAUGAACGACAGAAUCAG